AACUAGGUCGUGUCCGUCUGAAUAAGACGGAUAAGACACGGAGGAGUUGGACAGGUAAGGAAGAGGAAGUACUAAUGGCUUCGUUGAAGGAGUUGGUGGUCCAAGGCUGGAAGUCGGACAACGGGUUUAGGGCGGGAUACCUAACUAAACUCGAGGAGGCGAUGAAGGCUGCGUUUCCAGAGACGGAUCUCAAAGGUUCCCCGCACAUAAACUCUAAGAUAUGUGCGUGGAAAAAAAAUUACUAUAGCUUGUCACAAAUGUUAUCCCGCAGUGGAAUUGGGUUUAACACCAAUGGUGACUAUUUGAUUGAUUGCUCAAAUGAAAUGUGGGAGCAAAUAGUCAAGUGUGAUCCCAAUGCAAGGCUUAUGAGGUACAAGCCAUGGCCGAUGCUAGAGGAUUGGAAAGAGGUUUUCGGUAAAGACCGCGCAACCGGGGAACAAGCUGAGGACUUGAUGGAUGCAGUCAAUGAGAUGCAUCGCCGCGAACACGUCGUGCUCAACACUCCUGAAUCCGACUACCAUGUCAAUCUUGAUGACAUUCUGGACCACGAAACCGUCGACGAAAGUGUUGGUCAAAGCAGCAAGGAGACACCCACGGCUGGUGUUGUUGGCAGGAAGCGUAAACAGCGGGAUGAUAUGAGUGGUCUGUGUGAGGUACUUCGUGAGAUCAACCGUACCACGGAUAGGAGGCUGGAGAACUUGGCUAAUAGAAUUGGUUAUGACUUUGACAUGGGAAAGGCUAGGCAAGAGGUCUUUGAUCAGCUUGGUUGCAUCUCGAGCUUUACUAUGGAGGACAAAUUCGAUGUGUGCGAGCUCCUUGCGGACAAGAUCGAGCGUCUUGAGAUUUUCCGUGGCCUGCCGGCAGAGGCAAAGGAAGCAUAUGCGAGGCGUUUCCUCGAGGGGAGGUUCAAGUGAUUUAUGAUGGUAGUGUUUUGAAGGUUUUUGGCAAAGUCUUGGCACAUUUUAUACUUGGUGCAGUCGAUUCUAUUUUGAUGAACUUGCGUAGACUUUGAAUGCAUUUAUCUAUCUAGUAGUUAACAGUUGAUGACCUUGGGUCAAUGUUGUUUUUCCUUUUCAUGCCAUUUGUUCUUGGUGUUGGAACAAAUGUGACAUUGUUUCUGUUGUUGGA